AUCGAUCUAGGGCUCACGGUUUUGAAAGUGUUCCCAUAUCCAAUUACUAUAACCAGCGUUCAGUUUGCCGUUGGGACUAUACUUGUUCUUUUCAUGUGGACAUCUAAUCUCUGCAGACGGCCAAAAAUUAGUGGUGCACAGCUUGUAGCAAUUCUCCCAUUAGCAGUGGUGCACACCUCAGGCAACCUUUUCACAAACAUGAGUAUUGGAAAAGUUGCUGUUUCAUUCACUCACACAAUUAAAGCCAUGGAGCCCUUCUUCUCAGUUGUCCUCUCUGCUAUGUUUUUAGGGGAGAUACCCACCUUGUGGGUGGUUGCUUCUCUGUUACCAAUUGUUGGUGGAGUGGGACUGGCGUCAAUGACAGAGGCAUCUUUUAAUUGGCCCGGGUUUUGGAGUGCAAUGGCUUCUAAUUUGACCAACCAAUCUCGUAAUGUCCUUAGCAAAAAGUUUAUGGUCAAGAAAGAGGAAUCUUUGGAUAACAUUACUCUCUUCUCAAUUAUAACAAUUAUGUCCUUCUUCUUGUUGACUCCAUUUACUCUUUUCAUGGAAGGAGUCAAGGUCACCCCUGCAUACCUACAAUCUGCUGGGUUGAAUGUCAGACAGGUUUACAUUAGAUCUCUCCUUGAUGCACUCUGCUUCCAUGCAUAUCAACAGAAGAGUUAAGAUGCUCAUGGAAUCAAUGUCGGAGAUGUGAAGAAGCUUCAAGAUGCUGGGAUCUACACUUGCAAUGGCUUGAUGAUGCACACGAAAAAGGUUAUGAGACAUUUGUGUGAGAUCAAGUGUAACAGUUUCCUCUGCAAAUCCACUUCUUCAAGAUCAAGCAUGAAAAGUCUUCACCAAUUAUGUAAUUUCUCUCUGUCUCUAACCAAACAAACAAUUUAAUUAACUUUUGAAAAAAGAAUUAGUUAACAUCCUCUCUCUCUCUCUCUCUCUAAGGUCAAUUAGCUAUAAUCCAACUUUAGUACAGAGGUAAUAUGUGGUAGAGUUUCUAACAGAGUGCACAAGGUGAUCCAUCAUUUACGUUUUUGGAUGGAAUGAUAGCGUCACAUGAUAUUGAAUUGAAUGCCUUAAUUUGUGAAUCAUCAUAACUGAGCAGUUCUUUAAUCUAGUGUAGUACCACCACUGUUAAUUUGCUUUGAAUUGAUGAUAUAUGAAUUUGGACCAUAUUGUUCAUCUGAAUCUUGUUAAUUUUUUAACUCUGCUUCCUUAGUGGAGUUCAUUCAUCUUAAUAUGAAUUUGGACAAGGUGUGCUCCCUAUUUAUGUUGUACAUUGAUCAUUAGUUUUUGACUCAAAUGUUUGUACUUUUGCAUUUUGUUAGAUGACUAAGAUUCUUCUGGUAGGUAGAAAAAAUAUCUAAUAUUUCCUUUGGUGGACUAGUUUCGUUAAACUCUGAACAUUGGCAUCGAUACUAAUAUUUUCUCUUACAGAGCUUGGUGGGAUGGAUUGGACUGAGUUUCCUUUUUACUAGAAAUACAAGUGUUGCUACUAUAGUUUGCCCCUGUUUAUUUUUUCUUUUAUUUUGAGGUAGCUAAACACUUUAAAAACAGAUUCUGUGAAGAGUGGAAAUUUCGACCUAAGCUCCAAGGUGUUUUCAAGUCCAUUGGGCAUGAUAAUGAUUCUAAUGGGCUGGUUAUUCCUUUUUCAGAGGAGGAGAUUUGGAGAGCUAUUAGAGAGAGUGAUGAAAAUAAGGCACCAAGACCUGACGGUUUCAAUUUGUUUUGCUUUCAAAAGUGUUGGAAAGUUUUUAAAAAGGAUAUCUUACAAUUCUUUCAAGGAAUUCUAUGAUAAUGGAUGCUUAGCAAAAGGUAUCAAUAGCUCUUUCAUCACAUUGUUACCUAAGAAUGAGAAUCUAGGUGGUGUUUCAGAUUAUAGACCAAUUAGCCUUAUUGGAUCUCUGUACAAAAUUUUGUCUAAGGUUCUAGCUUCUAGACUAAAAAAGGUAUUGCCUAAAAUAAUUGGAGAAUCUCAGUCCGCUUUCAUUGGAGGGAGGAACAUUUUAGAUGGGAUUUUAGUAUCCAAUGAAGUAGUGGAUUGGUGGAAAAGGAAAAAGAAGAAGGGGUAAUUUUGAAA